AUGAAUGUCGAUGAAAUUGACGACGAAGAUCCAAUGGAAAGCUGGUUUCCCAGCUAUAACAUGGACAUUCAGGAGAACGUGUCCACCGAAGUUUCACAUAAAGUCGAAGUACACAUCAAAACCAUCGCGAGCUUUCGCAGUGCCUACCGUUUAAGUUCGCUUCCAAGAGAGCGUUAUGAAGGGAAACACGUGUACCCAAGUGCUGAAGAAAAAGGCAUUAAACUCAAAACUGCAUCAUACGGAGGAUGUAAACCGGGGGAGAUGGUUUACGUGGUUGUUCUAAAACAUGGCACAACAGUAGACCUGGAACCAGUGUUUCAAGAAACGGGAGUUUUCCAAUUUGGAAAGCACCUGCGAAAACUGGAAAUUGAUCGGACUUCCGUUGACAGUUUGAACAAUGAAGGACGUGAAAUGAACCUUGCAUUCUAUAACCGUUUGGUCAAGGGACAGUUAGUUGUUGUGCAGGAGGUUCGAAGAAUCAUGCAUUCGACAGACGAAAGCGAUAAGAAGAGAGACCACUUCGUCGCUAGCAAGUACUAUCCGCUCAAACUCGAUGUGCCAUCGAUUAAACAUGCACUGGCUAUUCGCCGUGCAAACGGUAUUUAUUCGAUUUACCCGGAUGGAAAAAUCUAUGCGGCUAGAACGGCGUGUUUAACUGACAAUUGGAUGCGUAAAAUGCUGCAGAAGAGCAUUUGUCUCGAAACGCCAAGCGGAUAUGAAGUAAAACAAGAUUGCAAAUGUGGAUGUGUGAGAGGAAAGCUGCCAGACGCGUUGAUACUAGUCAAGCCUAGAAUCUAUGUUCCGACCAACAACUGCUGCAGAUUCGCAAUAGGAAUUCCAUCGAACUUUGCCGAUCCACAAGUUUUGGAGAUUUAUCGUCAAAUUGCGAAGGACAACGAUGAAACUAGAACAAUCCGAAUGGUCUGCCAACAAGGCGUUUAUGGUUUCGCAAGCCAUAUCACUGUCGAUGGGGCCAUUCAGUACCGGAAUUAUUGGAUUCCAAUUUGUCAGACUGUCCGAGCGGCUGAAAUCUAUACGAGCAACAACGAGGAUAUGGAUGACGUAAAAUUAUGCGCUGCUAACAUCUUCGUAGACACCUCGAAAACAACUUUACAAGGAUGUCGGUAUUUGACUGUCACUACGACUUCGCCGACUGUCAAAAAAUGGCGAAGUACUACGACCGUCAAAGUGUUGGGUAUUCCUGGAAUCUCUGAGCCGAUUCUAGCAACGAUUGUGUCAUUGACGGAGUCAGAACAAGGAAUAACUACGAUCCGAUUCUCAAUUCCCAUAGCAUGCGAGAUUGAGAGUAAGAGAAAUGGAAACGAGCGAGCCUACAGCGGGCGAGGCAACAGAAAUCUAAUUAUUGGUUUCCUCGAAAAGCUUACUGAAGACCCUAAGAAGCAAUAUCAAGUAGUAUUGCGUAAGCUGUGGGAGAAUGCGUGGGAUCCGUUGCUCUGUCGUAUGGAGUUCGAACAAUCAGAUGCAAGCUUCCACAACAGACUGUUUCAAGGAGAUUCACAACAAACGCCAAGCGGAUUAAACGAACAACAUCAAAUUAAUGAAACGGACGAGGAGAGCGAAAUCAGCGAAAACGAGGAGGAAGUUGAAGAAAGGGAGGAAGUUGAAGAAAGGGGGGUGAUGCUUGAUGCAGAUUCAGUUGUCCGAAAAUUCGCUGAAUUGAUGGAGCUGCACAAAAAAGUAGCAUCUCCGGACCAGAUACGAGUAGCGAAGGCUGUGGCCGAAGGAAACGAUGAAAAGUACCUGCUGGUGGAAUCAGCUUUUGGAUCUGGAAAAUCCUUCACUACCGUAAAUGUUGGAGCAGCUGUUCUAAAUGUGGCAAGCAAUUGGAAAGUUUGGUUCGUAUCGUCAAGAAACUGGUCAGUUGGCCAACUCUUCGAGAAGUUCACAGAUCCAGUCAUCUUCGAAAGGAAGGAAGGAACACUGUUGGAAAAAAUGCCAAUCCGCCCAAUGCUAGUAAUCAGUAGAUCUUUUGAUUCGGCACAUUUGUCCGAAUUGGAUCAUCCGUACGAAUGGGGAAAUCUGAAAUUCCGUCUGUACUUCGAAUACCUCGAAAAUAAGUGGAACCCAUACGACCAGAAUGACCGUUCAAUGCCACGUCUACAACUUAUGGCAGCAAUGUACCAACAACUGCAGAAUUCAGUACACAAGGAUGAUUGGCAACUGAGUGCAGAGAAAGUGAAAGCAUUGAAGGGAAUCCAACCGAAGAUGGAUGCUAAGGCCAAAGAAGCAAUACGUGCACUGAUUCUAUCCUACUACCGACCAAAUGCAAUCUUUGCCACGAUCGACAUGGCUACCAACUGUCCAACAUUGAAGCAUCAUGCAACUCUUCCGAAUAUUGUUUUCGUUGAUGAAAGCGGCACAAUUCAAGCUCCUACGGCCUGUCUAUUCCGACAACGCAUGCGGACAUUAUGUGCAGCGGCUUUUGUGACACCUCUGUUCUGUUAUAUUGGAGAUAGCAAGCAACUAACUCCUAUCGCAAGGCUCGCAGAGAGUUCCGAAUUGAGAAAGUUGACUAAAUCUGUCAAUGCACUGCUACUGUCGACUACGCCGAGCGGAUCACUAUCACAAACCAAUGAAGUCCAACUGAACACUGUCUACAGAUGCCUUCCAACAACAGUCGAAUUGAUGGAUGAUGUUUUCUACAAACGAGGAUUGGAGAGUUUCAAAGAGAACUGGCCUCUUCAAUCAAGUCAUCAGUUUAAAUUGGAGAAUGAUGUUUUCUAUGGAGGAAAACAACAACCACAAGCUUCGCUAAUGCUAAUGGUUCAUCACUUUGCUCACCUUCGCGAUGGAUCAUCUCUGAUCAACCCUGGAGAACUGAAGCUAAUGAGGGAAUACGGAUUGAAACUCGUUGCGGAAAAUAUUCCUGUCAACGAUGUCACUCUGCUAACACCGUAUAGAGCACAGCUCGGUCUGAUGAGGAAAGGACUGAUCGACAAUGAUAACAUUUCAAAGAGGUGCACCACCAUCAGACAGUUCCAAGGAUCGGAGAACAGAGUUGUUUUGGUAUCCGUAUGCGCGUCGAAUCUAGAUCCAGAAAACGAACGAAAUCCCUCCGGGCUUGUCCCAUCGGACGAUGGCUACUCCGUGGUAGGAUUAACCCGUGCUACAGACUUCACUGUCCUAUUCGUCCAUGAAGACAUGAUCCAACACAUCAAAGGACUGGAAAGAAUCCAUAAAAUGCAAUUCAAUGAAUUCGUUUCGGACACGUCAAAAUACGAGGAAUUCGAGAAGAAGAGAUUCGCUCCCCCCUCAACACGAGGACGAGCCAGACCAGCUGGACGAGUCUUACAUUGGGGAAGAGAAGAUGAAAGUGGACGAGGAGCAUCGAGAGGAGGUGGACGUGGCGCAUCUCACGGUAGUGGACGUGGAGGAGAUGAGCGCGGAGCAUCUCACGGUAGUGGACGUGGAGGAGAUGGACGCGGAGCAUCUCACGGAAAUGGACGCGGAGCAUAUCACGGAAGUGGACGUGGAGUAAGUGGAGGAGUUGGACGUGGAGGAAGCGGAAGUCAACGUGGAAGUGGAAUGGGGAGACACCAAUAA